UUAAGGGAUUGGGACAGACCUAAACGGAAACAGGAUCAGAGUUCAUGACACCGCCUUCAUCGUUCAUCCCUCAUUGAGGAGGAGAGGGUGAAGACAGGGAGAGGUGAGCAGUGAGGGGUGUGGCCAGGGGAGCACAUACUGGCUGUCCACUCGGCUGAUGGCUCAAGCAUGUGUCCCCUCCCCUCCUGUGUUGCUGGCCAUCAGUGUACAGUAGUCUGUUAGAGAGGAAAGAGACGGAUGGCAGUGUUCUGCUCAGUGGGAUCACACUUUUUGAGAUGAUUUGGCACAAACUGAGUCCGGCUUCAUUUUUCCUGGGUCCAAUUGGGCUAAAAAGAAGCACUUUGUCGUUUUUCUUAGUUUUUUUGCUUGCAAUGGACUCCAUGGCUGUGUUUUGAUGCAGAGCACCAAUUUGGAAACUUGAUGAACUUAUCUCCAGCCUCCUACAGAGAUGCCAGGAGGCCAGUACCAGGUGACAGACACCAGGCUCCACCACAGCCUCUACAGCCUGACGGACAGCUCUGACGCCGGCCCUGAGGAUGAGGAGGCCGAGGCCCCGCAUCGCCUCACCCCCCUGCAGAAGCUCACCAAUGACAUGUGCAAGGACGAGAAGAUCAUCAAGGAGCUGAUCAUAGGCCGCAGGGUGGGCUUCUACAAGGUCCGUGGUGAGAUCGGAUACGGAACCUUCUCCAGGGUCAAACUGGCUUUCCACGCCCUUACCAAAGACAAAGUGGCCCUGAAGAUCCUGGAUAAGACGAGGCUGGACGUUCAGGCCCAGCGUCUGCUCUCCAGGGAGAUCAGCAGCAUGGAGUCCCUGCAGCACCCCAAUGUGGUCCGUCUGUACGAGGUGAUGGAGAGACCGAGCCGCCUCUACCUAGUGCUGGAGUACGCCGGAGGAGGAGACCUCCACAACAGGAUCUGCAACGAGGGAAAAUUUUGUGACAGCUCCAGCAAGAUCACCUUCGCCCAGAUCCUCUCUGCCAUCAAAUAUAUGCAUAACAUCAACAUCAUCCACCGGGACCUGAAGGCGGAGAACGUUCUGUUCACCUGCAGCGGCUGUGUGAAGGUGGCUGACUUUGGAUUCAGUACGCGGGUUUCAAACCGCAGCGACGCCCUCGACACCUUCUGCGGCUCUCCGCCCUACGCUGCCCCGGAGCUCUUCAGGGACGACUGCUACUUGGGGCCCCCAGUGGAUGUGUGGGCCAUGGGGGUCCUGCUUUUCUUCAUGGUGACCGGCACCAUGCCGUUCCGUGCCGAAACCAUGGGCAAGCUGCGCCGCUGUAUCAUCGAAGGCGCCUACACCGUCCCCCCCUGGGUGCCCGGCCCCUGCCAGAAGCUUAUCAAGGGCAGCUUGAAGCCAGUCCUGCGCUACGCCGUCGACCAGAUGAUGGGCUGCGAUUGGCUCUUACCUGUGGAGUUUCCCUGGUCGUUGUUGCCUCCUGAACCAGCGAAUCCUCUGCAGAGCCUGCUGGACUCAGAGAGCGGGGACCUUGAAGAGGCGGAGGACGUCAGGAACUCCCUGGAGGAGCUCGGCUUUACCAUGGAACACCUACGGAACAAUCACCCCAAAGACAGCCGCAGCCCUGUCACCGGGGUCUAUCGAAUCCUGCUGCAUCGAGUUCAGAAGAACAGGGGCUGCGACUGUCUCCCUGUGGUCCGAGGGAUGGUGAGGGACCCCAAGAGAGAGGGGCUCCGAGCCUACAGGGGCCUCAGACACACCUCCAAGCUCUGUGUGCUUUCAUAACACACUGUUGGAGAAGCUUCAGCGCAUUUUUUUUUCACAGACUUCUUUUAUACCAACACGGAACCAGUGGCAGUAGUGAUUUUUUUUAUUUUACAUUUUACAUUGUGCACGGGACAGUUUAGUUUUACUGUCAAAUACUUUUUCACAAGUUGUACUAGCUUUUGAUUCAUUUGUUUUAUUCCUUCAAAUGCAACGUUUUGGGAUAGCCUACCCCACUGUAUAUGUGAAAGUGCCUGAUGAAGUGAAACAAAAGUAAUAAUUGUGAAAGCAUCUGUAUAAAUUGUUGCCCCUUGCAGAAACAAUGAAUUUAGAUUCAUUUGUAAAACUUGCAAUAACUACUGCAGCAAGGCAGUAUAUUCUCUGGCUGCUAAUCUGUUCCUUAUGUUUUUCUGGUUAAGUGAUUAAUCAUUCGGUCCAGUGAUUCCAAGCCUUUUUUGGCUUGUGAUCCCUUAAAAUAAAGCAAUGCUGCUUAAAACCUUUCAGCCUAGGUUAUGGCCUUAGUGUCUUAGUGUGGACAUGAGUUGUCAGCCGGUCAACCAAAGACUGAUUAUCCUUCUCAGGCCUGAAGGGGUGAAAGAAGAAAAAGCAAAACUUAUUCUGAAACGUAUUAACCAAAUUAUGUGUAAAUAUUUUUUUUCUUUCUUAUCCCUUUAAUCUUCUUGGGGCCCAGUGGGGGGGCCCACUGGUUUAUUAUGUAAGAUGUUAGCAAAAUAAUGAGAAAUGCCCUUUAAAUGUUCCCAGAGCCAAACAAUCCUAAA